UUAGCAAGCACGGUGGAUUACACAGAUGAGUGAAAAUGAAAUUAAAAACAGGAACUUGAUUAUACUACUCCUCUCCUAACUUUAUCUGGGGAUUGUGCUGUGAAGAUUUAGUAUAGUAAGCUGGUUCUUUUUUGCUGUAACUGCUGUGAAAAUCAACGUGAAUCUGAGAAAAUGGCAGAAGAAUUUGAUGUGCCAUGGAGACAUGUUGCCUGGGGAAGAGAGGAGAAAGACAAGCUGCUACAGGAAAUCAAGAACCUGAAACCAACCAAUCAAGUGAGCCUCUUGACUGGUGGCAUUGUGGACAAAAUAAAGACAGUCAAAUCAGAGGUCACUGAUUUAGGAGUUCCACAGGUGGUGCUGUUAACAAAAGUGGAUUUAGCCUGCCCAGUGGUUAAAGAUGAUCUCAAAAAUGUGUACAAGAGCAAAUAUAUCAAAGAACUGAUGGAGAAGUGCAGUCAGAUAAUUGGUAUUCCUGCCAAUUGUAUCCUCCCUGUGAAGAACUACCAUGAGGAAACCACCCUUAAUGACGAUGUUGAUGUUGAUCUAAUCCUGACUGCCCUGCUGCAGAUACUCAGAUUUGCUGAUGACUAUUUCGAGAAUUUGUGUUGCUGAAGCAGACAUUAUUUUUUUGUUUGUAUAUGCUAUCUCAUGUAAUGCUUCUUUUUACAUAUGGAAUAAGUAAUGUGUAAAAACAAUAUCUCAUAUUAAAAUUGACUGUUCAAACAAUAAAUCGAGUGAAGACACCCAAAGAAUGCUCCAUGAUCAAAACAUUGUGUUUUUCAGGUUCUUAGAAUGCAGUUCUGAUUCCCUCAAAUAUUUUAAAUUUGAGUUCUGUAUUUUAUUAUAUAAGUACGUUGUAAUAAGAUGUCCAUGAAACCUGGAAAGUGUAGAGUUCUCCCGCAAUACGAGUCCUGGCCUUUUAGCACAACAGAAGUCACCGUAGUCUGGGGAGUGUCAGUAGUGUCGUAGUGUAUCAACUGUUUGUAUUCUGGGGCAUUGGUUUGAGCAUUCAGACUGAGUAAACACUUCAGUAGUAUGUAAAAAGAUUCCUGGUUCUAAAUAGUGAGCUUUAUUAGAGUUACUCACCUAGCUGAGGAGAACAAUACCUCAUUCAUAAAUAUGGAGCUGUCAGAACACCUUAAAUGAGGAAUAAGCCAGGGUGCAAGAUGUACAAGGGAGAAAAUAAAAAGCACAAGAAACCUCCUCUGGAACCAUUGUUUUAAACUCCAUUUACAGCAGCAACUUGACCUUUCCUUAUUGUUUAUGUACUGACCAAGCUGAGUUUCACUUCUAAGAUCUGGGUCUGACCUAUGCGACCACGGUAUACAUUGCAGUAAAAAUGUAAUCAAAAUUAUGUGAAAUAAUAAAAUUAAUUAAAUUUAAAAAGAGCUUAUAACUUGCAGAUGGCUAAACGAUGUAUGUACAAGAUUAUCAUCUUAAACCUGUUUUUGAAAAUAUUUUUCUAAAAAGAUUAAGUAGAUUAACAAUUGUACCUGUUCUGUUAAUGUUUAAACAUUUCCAUGAUUCAAAAUUUAUGUUUUGACUUCAAGGCGUUUGUGUUGAACUGUUCUGUAUUUUACAAUACUGUAUGUUAACAUUUAAAAUAAAGUUU